UUUCUUGAUAGAAUAUAACAAUACAAAUCUUAACAUCGUCAAAAAUUUUCCAAUUUAUUUCAAUGAAACAGAAAGCAAAUCGCUCGUGAAGUAGCGCAGCAAUAUUCGAGUACCCGUAAGUGUAACAGUGCUCCGCGUCGGACUAGAUGGAUUGCUAAUGACUUACUCUAACUAAAUAGAUUUGUGAAAUCAAUCCCACCACAAAAAAUCUUAAUGGCAAAAAGAAUUAAUAGGCGAAAUACGAUUGACGAAACUACUAAGUACUGUGCUGGCAGUAACCAUUGUCACGCCGUUCCGUCUGGAGUUUUAUAGUUUUACUAAUUCAUUUUUUGGACGAAAGACAAAGCAAUACAUGUCCAAUUCCACAAAUGCGUAAACCUAUACAAUCAUCCAAUCAUAUAUGCAGAAAAAAGUGAAAAUAAGCUACGGACUAAACUUUUUUUACGGAAAAUAUCAAUCACGCACAUUGUGAUGUAGCGCUUGGUGAUGUGAAAAAUAAUUAAACAUUGACUAAACUGGGAAGAAAAAAUUGUGGACAGUGGCAGUGUAUGUUCCACGUUUGAUAAUAACCGUAUGUCCAUAUUAAAAAAUAAGUUAAAAUGUACUUUUGUCAAAACAAUAUACUACAUAUAUUAUGCAAAACAAUACUGUACUGAAUGAAUGAACAAAAACAACAAAAGGGACAAUAAAUUUCAACUGCAAAUUUGGUCGCCACCUAGUAGGGAUAAAGGCCCGACUUUAAUCAUAUUUGAAAAGGAUAAUAUUUUGACAGGCUAUAAUGUCAACAAAAGUUUCUGGAAAUCCUGAUAGCAGCAGUAGCAGUACUGCAAGCAGUCCAGCUGCGUCAAAUACACUUACUGGAAGCAACGGAACGACGACACCUGCUAGACGACUUCGUACCAGAACCUCUACAAGUGGAAACAUAAGUGGAAGUGAAUCCGCUCAAAAAAAAAUCGGCAUGCAUUUAGAAUCAACCACAGGAGUGCAAGUAAACAGCAGCGAUGACAAAUCUAGUGCCACCAAAAAAUAUCAUAAUAGUUGCCCACAGCCAACAAGUACUGGUCGGAAGGAAAAGAAUCAUUUGCAGCCACAUAGUUCGAGCACAUUUAAUAUGAAUAAGACGGAAGAAUUUAAUUUUGAUACGCCCCUUGAGUGUCCGGUAUUCAAACCCACUCCAGAAGAGUUCAAAAAUCCAUUGGCAUAUAUAAGUAAAAUACGGCCAAUAGCUGAGAAAUGUGGCAUAGCUAAAAUAUUACCUCCUGAAUCAUGGUCACCACCAUUCGCUGUUGAUGUAGAUAAGUUGAAGUUUACACCCCGUGUUCAGCGUUUAAAUGAACUGGAAGCAAAAACACGCGUCAAACUUAACUUUUUGGACCAGAUAGCUAAGUUCUGGGAAUUACAAGGGUCUUCGCUAAAAAUUCCGAUGGUUGAAAGGAAGGCUUUAGAUUUAUAUACACUUCAUAGGAUGGUACAAGAAGAGGGAGGCAUGGAGCAGACAACUAAGGAACGAAAAUGGGCCAAAGUGGCAAAUCGUAUGUCAUAUCCUUCGAGUAAGAGUGUUGGAGCUACACUUAAAGCGCAUUAUGAACGUAUACUACAUCCUUUUGAGGUGUAUACUUCAGGAAAAGUUCUUGGACAGUUUGCAACGUCCACCACUUCAUCUUCUCCUGACGUUAAAAUGGAAGAUGGCACUGAUUAUAAAGCUCAUGAAAUCCCAACUCGACAACAAAUAGCUCCCCCCAACGAAAGUAAUGCUAGGCGCUCAAAACGUUUUGCAAAUUCCAAUGCAAGUUGCGGACUUGGAACUAAUCGAACUACUUAUAAGACGGAAACAAAAGAAGAUUUUAAAAGAGAUCUUAUUAGCUGUUUCGAAGCUUCUGUCCCCUCAAAUGCCAACCGUUCAAUCACAGGGAAUGGUAUAUCAGUUCAGAAAAAAGCCACUAGUGCCAAUGUUGCAGUAGAUCCGCUUAUGAAGUAUAUUUGCCACAUUUGUAACCGUGGUGAUGUAGAGGAGUCAAUGCUGCUGUGCGAUGGUUGCGACGACUCAUAUCACACGUUCUGUUUGCUACCGCCGCUUUCUAGCAUCCCAAAAGGUGAGUGGCUUUGUCCCCGUUGUGUUGUUGAAGAAGUUAGCAAACCAACAGAAGCUUUUGGAUUCGAACAAGCGGAGCGUGAAUACACUUUGCAGCAGUUCGGCCAAAUGGCCGAUCAAUUUAAAAUGGAUUAUUUUAGAAAACCUGUGCACUUGGUUCCCACAGAUUUAGUAGAACGCGAGUUUUGGCGCAUAGUAUCUUCCAUAGACGAAGAUGUCACCGUUGAAUAUGGUGCAGAUCUUCAUACGAUGGAUCAUGGUUCGGGUUUCCCAACAAAGAGUUCACUUUACUUAUUGCCAGGAGACCAGGAAUAUGCUGAGUCAAGCUGGAAUUUAAAUAAUCUGCCUUUACUCGAAGAUUCAAUACUUGGGCAUAUUAAUGCCGAUAUAAGUGGUAUGAAUGCUCCUUGGAUGUACGUUGGUAUGUGCUUCGCAGCAUUCUGCUGGCAUAACGAAGACCACUGGAGCUAUUCAAUAAAUUACUUGCAUUGGGGAGAACCCAAAACUUGGUACGGAGUUCCCGGAAGCUGUGCUGAACAAUUUGAGGAAACAAUGAAACAAGCAGCUCCGGAAUUGUUCGCCUCCCAACCAGACUUACUUCACCAAUUGGUGACUAUCAUGAAUCCUAAUAUAUUAAUGAACAACCGGGUUCCAGUCUAUCGAACAGAUCAAAAUGCGGGAGAAUUUGUAAUCACGUUUCCACGUGCUUACCAUGCCGGAUUUAAUCAAGGAUAUAAUUUUGCUGAGGCUGUCAAUUUUGCCCCCGCAGACUGGCUUAAAAUGGGACGCGAAUGUAUUAACCACUACUCUAUGCUUCGAAGAUUCUGUGUCUUUUCGCACGAUGAGUUAGUAUGCAAAAUGGCCUUAGAACCAGCCAAAUUAACAUUUGGAAUAGCAACGGCCUGUUAUAUAGAUAUGGCGGAAAUGGUGGACUCAGAAAAAAAAUUGCGUAAAUCUCUUCUUGAAUGGGGUGUGACGCGAGCUGAAAGAAAAGCAUUUGAAUUAAUACCAGACGAUGAGCGUCAUUGCCAGGAAUGUAACACGACUUGUUUUCUCUCUGCCGUGUCUUGUGAGUGUACUAAAGCUAUAGUUUGUUUGCGCCAUUACACUGUUCUUUGCACAUGUGCCCCUGAAAAACACACAUUGCUGUAUCGCUACACUCUUGACGAAAUGCCAUUGAUGUUGCAAAAGUUAAAGUCCAAAGCUCAAAGCUUUGAAAGGUGGUUGUCACGAUGCCGCGAUAUUGUCGACGCAAACACACCAACAUCAGUCACCCUGCAGGAACUUCAAGAACUUUGCAAGGAGGCCGAAAUCAAAAAAUUUCCUUCAUCACUUCUUAUAGACCGCCUAAAUGCUGCUGUGUUAGAGGCGGAAAAAUGUGUUACGGUAAUACAGCAACUUGGUAUCAACAAAGUCCGUACUCGCUCUGAUAAUAAUUUGGAAGCCGCACAGUACAAACUUACUAUGGAAGAGCUAGAGCUUUUUGUACAAGAAAUAGAUAAUCUUUGCUGUACAAUUGAUGAAGGAAUUUCUGUUCGCGAACUUUUAGUGUUAGGGAAAAAUUUUUUGGAACGCACCGCGGAAAUUAUGAAAUUAUCGUUAGAAUCUUUAGAGGAAUCGGAUUUAGAAUCUAUCAUUGGAGAGGGCAAUUCAUUGCGCAUCGAACUACCACAAAUACAACAACUUAUAAUGAGACUUAAACAGUUUAAAUGGUAUCGGCGUUCACAGGGCUUACGUGCUGGGACAUCCAAACUGACGUAUGAAGACAUAAAAAAUUUAUUACAUGAAGCUGCAGCAGAAAUUGCACCAACCGAGCCAAUUAUUGAUAAAGAGAUUAGGAAACUGCAAGAAAUCGGCGCAUCAAUAGAGGCAUGGGAAUGUCAAGCAAAUAAAUAUUUUAAUUGUAACAUACAGCAUCAUGAAUUAGAAGAAAUCGAACAGUUUCUUAAAACUGCUUCGGAUAUUGAGGGUCAAGUACCAUCAUAUGGAUUAUUAAAAGAUGCUUUAAAGAAAGCAAAAGAUUGGCUCCGCUCUGUUGAACAGUUACAGGCCAAUAAUCAAUCUCCAUAUUGUCACACACUGGAAGCUAUUGUUGCUCGAGGUUCAAAUAUACCUAUAAAACUUGAAGAGCUUCUGCGUAUGCAAGGCCACAUUAAAAGUGCACACGACUGGAAGGAAAAUACUGAAAAGGCCUUUUUAAAGAAAAACACCUUCUGCACACUUUUAGAAGUUUUAAUGCCAAGAGCAGAGCCGGUGAUAAUUGAUUCGGAUCUAAAAAAGCCUUUUGAACAUGGAUUUGUUAAAGAAAUGAACCCAGCACAGAUUGUAGAUUCUUUUAAGCUAGCCGAAGAAAAGGAGUUACAAGACAUGAGAGAACUUAGGCGACAAAACAUGGAUAAAAAACCACCUUCUGAUGAAUUCUGCCUGUGCAAAUCUUCGUUUCAUGGCGUAAUGUUCAAUUGUCAAUUAUGUAAGGAUUGGUUUCAUGAAGACUGUGUGCCGCCGCCGUUACAAAUGCGUGUAAUAUGUCAAGUUGAAGAUGGUUUAAAACAGAAGUGGCUGUGCCCAUCAUGUGUACGAUCAAAAAGACCGCGCCUGGAAACCAUUUUGCCACUUCUCGUUUCACUACAAAAACUACCUAUUCGUUUGCCAGAAGACGAAGCUUUGCGGUGUCUUGCGGAACGGGCCAUGAAUUGGCAGGACAGGGCACGUAAAGCUCUUGGGUGUCCCGAUGUAACGGCUGCUUUAGAAGUUAUAGCAGCGCAGCAACGAAAUAAGCAGAAAAAACGCAAAAGUGGUAAGCCUACGGGGACGGACCAUAAGCCACGACGCGGCAGUCAUAGAAAUUCUAAAGAUGAUGGGUCAGACAAUGCCGAUUCAGACGACGAAUAUCGUUUGCACAUCGUCGAGGAAAAUUUCAGCAACGAGGAAGAAGAAGAUGGUGAAACAGUCCCACUGGAUGAGGCGACAAAUGCAGACCAUGGACUUCAUCUGCAGAAACUUCUUUCUGACACUGAAACCGAAAGUUUAGAAGAGCUUAUGAUGGAAGGGGAUCUUCUUGAGGUAUCCCUGGAUGAAUCAUAUGAAAUUUGGCGUGUUUUGUCUGUAGUAAGGCCUCCAAAUUCUGAAUUGGAACGCCACCAACUAUCGUUAAAACAGCAAACUCAUAAUCAACCCAAACCGCCCUCUAGUGUCAAUUCAGCUGCUGAAGAUUCAAAUGAUAGCCUCUUAGUGCAAAGUAGCCCCAAUAGCACCAGUAACAGUGGCAGUGGUAGAAAUUCAAGUGCAGCUAUAAAGAAACGUAGAUCACUAGAGCCUGCCACGGGAUGCCCGAUCCCAAGGAAAAAAGUUGCAACUCCGAACAAACAAACAUCGUCUACUACGGCUGUAGCAAAUAACCCGUCGGCUAAGAAGUCAUGUAGAAAGUCAGACUGUUCUUCGAAACCAUCUGAUGAAAAUUCUGAAAAUUGUACACCUACAAAACAAUCUAAUGGCAGCUCCCAAUCGAAUAAUUUAACGAUCAGUGCGCAGAAAAAACAUAGAAAACGUGUUGGAAAUAAUAAUAAUAGUAAUAACAACGCUGGUUCUGCGAGUCAAAAGAAAAACUCUCAAAGAGCACAAAUGACGCAGCAGGAUGACGACGAGGAAGAAUGCCGAGCAGAAAAUUGUCACAAACCAACAGGAAGAGAAGUGGACUGGGUCCAGUGCGAUGGUGGCUGCAACGAAUGGUUCCACAUGUACUGUGUGGGACUUAAUCGAAGUCAAAUAAAAGCUGACGAUGACUACAUCUGUAUACGUUGUUCGAAAAAUGUGACUGUAGCCGUAUCCAGUGGAAUAACAUCAACUAUGACAUCUCAGCAAAAAGGUCGAUCGCAAGCCACACGAUAAGAGUCCUCAGCCACCAUGUAUACAUAGUAAAUAUUAGAUCGAUAUAAUUGAUUAUUUUGUUAUGAGUUCUACUUCAACUAUGGCAAAAACAAGAAAAGCAAGCACUCCACUGCUACUUCCACAAUAUUUAUUUAACGUUAUGUAAAACGUAACAAAACCCUUUUCCAUUUAUUUCGAUUCUAUUCGUUUGAAAAUUGGGAAAACAAUAAGUGCUGUAUUUAGAAAAGUAUUCAGCCAAAGUUGCAAGACAACAUCUACACCCUUUUAAGAUCUAAAGUCCACUUUUCAUAAAUGAAAAGUCCCGAUUAGGCAAACAUACAAAUAGUAUGUCGUAAUCUAGCAGAGUCUGUACUGUGUCUGCUGCAAAUCAACUGCAAUUUGCAUUAGAAUCACACCUUUACUUUUUGUCUGAAAACGAAGCAAAGCGAUAUAUAUGUAAUUUUAUUUAAAGUUUAAUUUAGUCCGUACUCUAUUUUUAUGCCUAAUAAAUAAGUAGUGUGUAUCUCUACAUGAUAUGUAUGUAAAUAAAUAUGUAUAUAUAUAGGUAUAUACAUAUUACAGAGGCUUCAUUUGGAAGAAAAAGUCUUAUGUGUUGAAAUGGUUCGAUUUCGAUUUCUUCAUAUCUUCGUCGACAAGGGCUGCUAACUUGAGCUCAUUUAAAGUCGUUUUCGCUCUUGCAUUAGUGUGCAUGAUGGGUUAUUUAACAAUCCAAACCAAUUAUUCUACCUUUGCCAUGCCGAUUUACAUCCUGUUAUCGGACUAUACAUAGAAUUUUCAUUGUCGCGGUAAACGGCUUCCAACAUGAGUUCUUUUGAAAGCACAAAUAUUAUUCGAGUGUCUACUUCUGCGGGCAAAAAAUAGUAAGACUUUGUUCACAAUUUUAAAAUUCUUUAUUUAUUCUGGCUUAUCUAUUUCCUCCCACUCAAACUAAUCCCGCCGGCUGCAAUACAUUUAUGCCGACGUUUUGUUUUUUUUUUGCAAUUGUCGUAACAGUUAUUAAAGACAAUUUCCGUAAUAGUCAUGAAUGUACGCAGCGAUCCAAGUUUAAUGUCUUCAAUUGACUCAAGACGGUUUCCACGAAGCGUUCACGGGUUUUUGCUGAACAGCCAGUAGUCACACGUAGCUAAACCAGGCGAAUACGGUGGUAGUUGUUGUGUUAUAGCAGUGUAUGGUACACUGGCCGCUGCAUUCAACUGGCUGCCAUGGGAUUGAAUACGGUGGUUGUUGUUGUAGUAGCAGCGUGCGGCACACUGAGGCGGCAACCCCUGCCGUUAAGGGAUUCAUCGGAUCAAUCCGGUACGUACAACCGGCUGUCAUGGGAUUGAAUACGGUGGUUGUGGACCGAUAUUGUUUGAAUUUUUGACGAAAAACUCACGAAGAAUCAAUGCGGUAUGCGACGGCGCAUUAUCCGACGAAUGGAUUUCUGCGCGAAAUUUAAAUUAAAAUGUCUUAUUAUUUUUUACCCACAGUAGAACAUAUUUUAAAAUUUUUCAUCUUAAGAGUUAGUUUCAUUAGCAUACAAAAAAACAUACUUAAAACGAAAUAAAUAUACAUGAGCUUUGAUCGGCCAAAAAAUUUGAAGCCACUAACAUAUGCAUAUAUUUCAUAGAAAUAUAUAUUUAUAUACAUAUAUAGAUAUGUGUAUGUAUCUACGAAAGUAUAUAAUAAAAUUGUCCAGAUGGACAAUGAAGCAUUACUUUUCACGUUGUAUAUCAUUUUAUUUUUUUUUUAUUGUGUAAAGACUAAUUUGACACUUUGCAUAAAAAUGUAUUCUCUUUUAAUAUAUUCUUACCAUAUACAUGCAUAUAUUUGAAUCCUUA